CAUCGAUCAGUCUUUCUUCCAUUCAUACUCCACCACACUCCUUGUCAGGACUCAUUCCAUUCUUUCCGACUCAGUCAAACCACCACGGUACUUUGUUCUUCAUCACAAUCCUUCAGAGCCCUUUGCAUUAUCAAAGAGCUCCACAAGCAGUUGUAACAUUUCGACCACCACCUCUACGGUAACACAUUUUUCGAGGAACCGGGUUCCCCACACCUUUCGAUUCCAUACCUUACACAAGAUUUGAUAUCUUCCAACUUCAAGAUGUUCUCCAAGAUUGCUGCCACUCUCUCUUUGGCUUCGGCCGCCGUUGCCACUGGCGUCUCCAUCACUCCCCACGAUGCCUACUCUUCCUCCAUCGGUGUGCUUGGCUGCCUCAUCGACGUUAACCGCGUCGCCUACUGGCCCAUGCAGCCCGACUGUAACAACCUUUGCAAGCGUGUCACUGCCAAUGGCCGCACUGUCAACCUCCUCCAGAUCGACACCUCUGGUGGGGCCUACGACAUCAGCUACGAUGCCUGGAACUACCUCAACGUCGGUGCCAGUGCUACCGAUCAGCCUACCAUGGGUGGUGGUAUUCCCGCUGAGUUCGAGGAUGCUCCCAUGAGCGAAUGCGCCAGCAUCAUCAAGACUCCUGAUGGCAAGCUCCCCCUGAUGGCUGCCAACAGCAUCAACACCUACGUCGGCUGCCCUGCCGGUUCCUGGCUCCACGACAACUCCGCUCUGUACAACAUCCAGACUAGCGGUUGCAAGUACGGCUACAACGAGGUCUGCACGCUUGACCUUGCCGUCAGCAACCAGCCCUCGUGCCCUCACCAGCUCGGCGCUCAGAACCCGCUCUCCGGCAUGGACGUCAUGAACAUCCAGUACGGUACUGGUGCUCUGGUUGCCUCCCCCAUCUAAGUUCCCCCAGACUCAGCCAUAACCGGCUUGGAGCAUCGGAGCCGGAGUUUGAUGACCUGGAGUUUCACAUCGGCGUUCUUCACCUUCGUUUUGUAAAUAUAGAUACCACAGACGCACUCGUUGUCGCGCAUGCAGAACACACACAUAGAC